CACAGAUACAAACGGACUUCAGGUCUUCUGUCUACCUGCACAUAAACGAGAAUGAAAGAUUGAUAACGCUGCAAUACUCCAUCGCCGACAAGCUCGGCAAUCGGCAAAUUCCGUCCACCAGUAGGUUACUCGUCAAGACCCCAAAGUCCCGCGCCGUCUCAAACAUUGCUAAGUCUCCUCCGUGAACAAACUCCAGCAAUGGCCUUGGGUGGACUUCGUGAAGCAAUCAAUCUCGUCUGGAUAAUAAUACCGACGCUGGGGCCUAUUCCGUUUUAUCUCGGACUUCCAACGAUCCUCAACAGGUGAUGGUGACCUACCAUGGUUUCCAAUGGUGGCAAGCACCUAUCUUGUUGAUUGCGACUCACCCCGGAUAAAGAAUAGCGGAGGAAGCUCGACACCCACCGAUUCAUCUCAGGAUACCGGUUCAAGUGAGCGCGAACACUGUGGAAACAACGCUCAGAAAGACGACCCAAGAAGAAAUAACCGUGCUGCUGGAGAAUCUCGUGAUCACGAGGAUGAUGAUUCACAACCAGAAGAUGGCUCGAGCGGUGGAUACCAGCAGCUGGAUACCAACCCAAGGGUUGAGUUGUCCCUUCCACAAGCGCAAUCCAUUUGGGUUCAAUGCCAUCCAGUACCCUCGUUGCGCGACAAAUCGAUGGAUGACGAUGGAUUUCCGAAACGACACGUCAAGUCUGAAAACCGCAGUAAAGAACCGGGCCGGCCCGUGGCUCACAUGCGUCAGCGAUGUCGGGCAGGGUUCGAUUCGAAGGAAAUUUGUACAGUUCAAGUGCAAAAACACCUACACUGUGGCUACAAGACGCCGAACCCACCAAACUUGGAUCCGGAGCAUGGGAUCGCUGCGAGCAUAGAAGUGAAGCUGAUUUCAUCUCGAUGGUCAAAGAAUCAAAAUCGAUACGUGGGACGCGUUGUGGCCGACUUUCCCCCCACAAGACGAGAAUGUUCCCUGCUCAGGUGAGAGCUUGAUGCACUUGGGCGCGCUCCCUUUCAUAUCUCCGUCUCCAUAACGGCAUAUAUGCUUUGGAAUUAUAUGACUGUGAAUGCUAAUUAGACCGUCCAAACCCAGACCCAGAAACCCGUCAGCAUUGCCCAGACCUGAAGAUCGUUUACAUGCCACCCAACAUC